GUCAAAACCUACGUAAUCACCAUCAGUGAUGUUAAUUCAAUCAAAAUAGCAUAUGCAUCAUCAUUUGGCUUUUGUUUUGGGGACUUUCCAGGCUCCGGCAGCUCCAGAGGGAGAAGCGAGAGCAGAGAAAGCGAAAUCCGGGCCCGGCUGCAAAGCGCCUCUCCCACGGCCGGCAGAUGGGCGGAGCUAGACGACGUGAAAAAACUGCUGAAAGUUCGCUCCAGCAGUUCCAGUCCCGUCCGCGCCGCCAGCACCUCGGCCAUCAUGAGCGGCCCCAAGAAGGCCAGCGUGGAGACUCAGACCAUCUCGGUGACCUCUCGGGCCUCGCAGUCGGUGUUGACCUUUGGUCCUGGCGGCAGAUCGGAUGGCUUCCACACCGUGGACUCAUCCGGCUUGCUUGAAACGGGCCUGCCGGCCGGCCACUUUAUUACAGCCGGCAAAACCGGCCAUUAUGAAGGCAGCCUCAAAUCGGGCCACUAUAGUGACGCAGGGAGGUCGGACAUCGGCGUGAGGUCAGUCACGUAUGAUGCAGGCGGGAGAUCAGCCCAAUACGGUCCCGGUGUGAGAUCGAUGUCGUAUGACACCGGUGUGUGGACGGGACAUUAUAACGGCGGCGUCAAAGCAGGGCAGUACGAUACCGGCGUCAGAUCCUUGACGCAGAAUACCGGUGCCGUAUCUGCCCAGUAUAACGGCAGUUUGAGGUCAGGCCAGUACGAUACUGGCGCCAUCUCAUCCCAGUAUGGUGGUAGUUUGAGAUCCGGUCAUUACGACACUGGUGUGAGGUCCUCCCAGUACAGUAUCAGUCAGAAAUCGGGCAUCCACGACUCCGGCGUGAGGUCGGCCCAGUACGACUCGGACGCGGCGCUUCCGGGCUUCCCGUGGUCCAGCGCCACCUUGCCCUCCGCCGCCGGCACCACCGCGGCGGCGGCGGGGGCCGGCAGCAGCUACUCGUACCAGGCCGGCGCCAACAACAUGUCGGGGGGAGCGACACCUAUCGGUCUGGCUGCACCCUCCCUGUCAGGUGAGCUUGGUAGAAAGUCCAGAUGCUUGUCUUUAUACAGGAAAUUGCAUUUUAUCUGA